AUGUCAAAUCUGAAGCGGAUUGCAUUUACCGUCCAUGGCACGGUCCAAGGUGUUGGCUUCCGUGCCUUUGUCCAGCGGAAAGCCUCUCACUACGGCAUCACAGGGUAUGUCAAGAACACCUCAGACGGCAAGGUGGCUGGAGAAGCUCAAGGCGACCCGGAUUCGUUGAAGAAACUCACAGCAGACUUGAACUCUGGCCCGAGAUCAGCUCAUGUUGUCAAAGUUGAGACCAAAGAGCUGCAGCCCAAAGAGGGCGAACGCUCGUUUGAGGCCUAG